AUGGGCACCGGGAGUGGGAGCCAGGCACUAACAUGGGCUCUCCUGGCCCUGCUCACGGUGAGGCCAGCAGCCCAGCCUACAUCUUCAUCUAUCGGGCACGUGACCUUCAUUCCACCCAUCACCAUCUUCCCCACCAUGAGCCCCCUGAAUCCGGUGCACAAUGGGCGGGUGUGCAGUACCUGGGGCGACUUCCACUACAAGACCUUCGAUGGCGACAUCUUCCGCUUCCCGGGCCUCUGCAACUAUGUGUUCUCUGCACACUGUGGUGCCGCCUACGAGGACUUCAACAUCCAGCUGCGCCGUGGCCUCACUGGCUCCAGGCCCACCGUCACCCACGUAGUCCUCAAGACCCAGGGGCUGGUGCUGGAGCUGUUGAAUGGCUCCGUCCUGGUGGAUGGGCAACAGGAGAAGCUGCCCUACAGCCGUGCGGGCCUCCUGGUGGAGCAGAGCAGCAGUUACGUGAAGAUCAGCGUCCAGUUGGUCCUCACCUUCCUGUGGAAUGGAGAAGACAGUGCCCUGCUGGAACUGGACCCCAAGUACAGCAACCAGACCUGUGGGUUGUGCGGAGACUUCAACGGGCUCCCAGCUGUCAACGAGUUCUACAUCCACAACACCAGGCUGACCCCUGUCCAGUUUGGAAACCUGCAGAAACUAGAUGGUCCCACGGAGCAAUGCCAGGAUCCCCUGCCCUCACUGGCCAGUAACUGCACAGAUGAGGAGAACAUCUGCUACCGCAUCCUGCUUGGCUCCGCCUUUGCUGAGUGCAAUGUCCUGGUGGAUGCCAACGUGUACAUAGCCGCAUGUGUUCAGGACCUUUGUCGCUGCCCCACGUGUCCAUGUGCCACCUUUGCUGAGUACUCCCGCCAGUGUGCCCAUGCAGGGGGUCAGCCACAGAACUGGAGGAGUCCCGACCUCUGCCCCCAGACCUGCCCUUUCAACAUGCAGCACCGGGAGUGUGGCUCGCCCUGCACAGACACCUGCUCCAACCCCCAGCGCUCUGAGCUCUGCGAGGACCACUGCAUGGAUGGCUGCUUCUGUCCCCCAGGCACAAUGCUGGAUGAUGUCACACACUCAGGCUGCCUGCCUCUGGCACAGUGCCCCUGCACCCAUGGUGGCCACACCUAUGCACCUGGGGACUCCUUCUCCACCAGCUGCAGCUCCUGCACCUGCACUGGGGGCCUAUGGGAGUGCCAGGACUUGCCGUGCCCUGGCACCUGCUCUGUGCAAGGCGGGUCCCACAUCUCCACCUAUGAUGAGAAGCUGUACGAUGUGCAUGGGGACUGCAACUACAUCCUGUCCAAGAAAUGUGCUGACAGUGCCUUCACUGUGCUGGCCGAGCUGCGGAAAUGUGGCCUGACAGACACUGAGAACUGCCUCAAGACAGUGACACUCAGCCUCAAUGGUGGGGACACGGCCAUCCAAAUCCAGGCCAAUGGCGCUGUGUUUAUAAACUCCAUCUAUACUCAGCUGCCCCUAUCUGCAGCUAACAUCACCAUCUUCAGUCCCUCGACAUUCUUCAUCCUGGUGCAGACGCACCUCGGCCUGCAGCUGCAGGUGCAGCUUGUACCUCUCAUGCAGGUGUUUGUCAGGCUGGACCCCUCCCACCGUGGCCAGAUGUGCGGCCUGUGUGGGAACUUCAAUCAAAACCAGGCUGAUGACUUCACGGCCCUCAGUGGGUUGGUGGAGGGCACGGGUGCUGCCUUUGCCAAUACCUGGAAGACUCAGGCCACCUGCCCCAAUGCCAAGAACAGCUUCGAGGACCCCUGCUCUCUCAGCGUGGAAAAUGAAAACUACGCCCAGCACUGGUGCUCACUGCUGACUGACCCCACUGGUGUGUUCUCUGCCUGCCACUCCACCAUCAGCCCUGCGCCCUUCCACUCGAACUGCGUGUUUGACACAUGCAACUGUGAGAAGAGUGAGGACUGCAUGUGUGCGGCCCUGUCCUCCUAUGUGCGAGCCUGUGCCGCCAAGGGUGUGCUGCUCCGAGGCUGGAGAGACGGUGUCUGCACGAAGUACAUGAACGGUUGCCCCAAGUCCCAAAGCUACGCCUAUGUGGUGGAUUCCUGCCAGCCCACGUGCCGUGCCCUGAGUGAGGCUGAUGUCACCUGUAGCGUCUCCUUCGUGCCUGUGGAUGGCUGCACCUGUCCUGCGGGCACCUUCUUGAAUGACGCGAGUGUGUGCGUGCCUGCCCAGGAGUGCCCUUGCUACUUCCAUGGCACCAUGGUGGCUCCUGGGGAGAUUGUUCAGGACAAUGGCGUAGUGUGCUCCUGUGCGAGUGGGAAGCUGAACUGCCUGGGAGCCAUGAUGGAAAAGAGCACAGGUAACACCCUGCCCAUGGUGUACCUGGACUGCGGCAAUGCCUCGGCGGGUGCCCCUGGAGCUGAGUGCCUCAGGAGCUGCCACACGCUAGACGUGGACUGUUUUAGCACGCAUUGUGUCUCGGGCUGCGUGUGCCCUCCUGGACUGGUGGCAGAUGGGAAAGGAGGCUGUGUUGCUGAGGAGGACUGUCCCUGUGUACACAACGAGGCCACCUACAAACCUGGAGAGACUGUCCGGGUGGGCUGCAACACUUGCACCUGCAGGAACCACCGGUGGGAGUGCACUGACCAGCCCUGCCUGGGCACCUGCGUAGCCUAUGGGGACGGCCACUUCAUCACCUUCGAUGGCGAUCGCUACAGCUUUGAAGGCACCUGCGAGUAUGUCCUGGCCCAGGACUACUGUGGGGGCAAUACCAGCACUAAUGGGACCUUCCGUGUCAUCACGCAGAAUGUCCCCUGUGGGACCACAGGGACCACUUGCUCCAAGGCCAUCAAGGUCUUUGUGGAGAGCUAUGAGCUGAUCCUCCAUGAGGGGAGCUUCAAGGUGGUUGGGAGGGGGUCAGGUGGCAUCCUGCCCUACAAGAUUCGAUAUAUGGGCAUCUUCCUGGUCAUCGAGACUCGCAGAGGGAUGGCUGUCUCCUGGGACAGGAAGACCAGCGUGGUCAUCCGGCUGAAGCAGCAUUACAAGGGCAGGGUCUGCGGCCUGUGUGGGAACUUUGAUGACAUCGCCAUCAAUGACUUCACCACGCGGAGCCAGUCUGUGGUGGGCAACGCACUGGAAUUUGGAAACAGCUGGAAGUUCUCCCCGUCCUGCCCGGAUGCCCUGGUGCCCAAGGACCCCUGCACCACCAACCCUUACCGCAAGUCCUGGGCCCAGAAACAGUGCAGCAUCAUCAACAGUGCAACCUUUGCCAACUGCCGCUCUCAGGUUGACUCUACUAAGUACUACGAGGCUUGUGUGAGUGAUGCCUGUGCCUGUGACUCAGGAGGUGACUGCGAGUGUUUCUGCACUGCUGUGGCCGCCUAUGCACAGGCCUGCCACGAUGUGGGCGUGUGCGUGUCCUGGAGGACGCCUGACAUCUGCCCCCUGUUCUGUGACUACUACAACCCACAUGGGGAGUGUGAGUGGCACUACCAGCCCUGUGGGGCACCCUGCCUGAAGACCUGCCGGAACCCCAGUGGCCACUGCCUGGUUGACCUGCCUGGCCUAGAAGGAUGCUACCCAAAUUGCCCAUCCAGCCAACCCUUCUUCAACGAGGAUCAGAUGAAGUGUGUGGCCCAGUGUGGCUGCUAUGACCAGGACGGAAACUACUAUGACAUCGGCAAGCAGGUUCCCACGGCAGAGAACUGCCAGAGCUGCCACUGCACCCCUGGCGGCCUCCAGUGCACUCACAGCCCCUCAGCCUGCGUGUGCACCUAUGAAAACCGAACCUACGCCUACGAGGAUACCAUCUACAACACCACCGAUGGCCUUGGCGCCUGCCUGACAGCCACCUGUGGAGACAACGGGACAAUAAUCAGGAGGACUGAGGAGUGUCCUGGAAUCCUGACCACAACACCUUUCACCUUCACCACCACCACAGCCCCUCUCUCUACAAGUUCAGCUACUACUCUAUCCACUGUGUGUGUUCGCGAGGUCUGCCACUGGUCCGACUGGUAUGACGGAAGCAGUCCAGAGGCAGGCAUGGGAAGUGGGGAGUUCGAAACAUUCGUGAACCUGAGGCAACUGGGGUACCAGGUGUGCCAGGCCCCCACUGCUAUUGAGUGCCGGGCAGAACAGUUCCCCAACACACCUCUGCAAGAGUUGGGUCAGAACGUGGACUGUGACCCAGCCCAGGGGUUGACAUGCCUCAAUGGAAACCAGAGCCCCCCUCUCUGCCACAAUUACCAGCUGCGCGUUCUGUGCUGUGAGAAGAUGCCCUGUGGCUCGUCCCGAGCCACAACAAGCAGUCUUCUCCACUCCCCGUCUACACCCACAACAGAGUCCUCCCUGUUGACACUCCCCACAAGGACAACACACCAUGGAUCCCUGACAAGCUCCACCCAAACCACAGCAACCAAAGAGACCACCCUGCAGACAAGGAUAAGUUCUGGGCCUGCAACAGCCUUCACCUCACAGACUGUGUCGCCCACCCCAGCUAAGACUGUCACCCGCUUGGUCAGCAGCACCCUGACCUCAGCCACCACCACCUGCCAGCCACAAUGUCAGUGGACAAAGUGGUUUGACACGGAUUACCCCAAAACUGAAAUCGCAGGGGGGGACACUGAGACAUAUGACAGGAUCCGGGCGGCAGGGGAAGACCUCUGCGAUCGGCCACAGAAAAUAGAGUGCCAGGCCCAGAACUACCCUGGCUUGACCCCGGACAGGCUGGGUCAGAAAGUGCAAUGCGAUGUCCGGUUUGGCCUGGUGUGCCGUAACCAGGACCAGAAUGACUUAUUCUCAAUGUGUUUCAACUACAUGAUCCGUGUUCUGUGCUGCAAUGUAAGCCAAUGCCAGGGAACUGCCACCACUGUGCCCUUGACUACAACACGGGGGACAGCCACCACAAUCUCCCAGACCCUGUCUUCAAAGCCACAGCUCAAAAGUAGCCCAGUGAUGACCCACACGCCCACAGGCAGUACCACAGCAUCUACGAGCAUCUCGGAAGGACCAACAUCUGCCAGACUCACAGAGACUCCCAUUACAUCCACCACAAGAAGCCCUAAGACCCCUCUGGGCCCCACGGGAACCACCCAACCAGGAGAGACCACGUCCAUCCUUUCAACGUUCAAGACCACAGGGAGCUCCUUGCAACCAUCCACUCCAGCCUCAACAACAGCACGAACGUCCAUGACUGGCUCUAAACCAGGAGCGUGGACCAGCACGGCUGGCACCGUCCCCACAGAGACUCUGACCACAAGCCCGGCACUGACAACACGCAUAAGCCAGCAGCCCACCUUACAGACCGAGAUCAGCACACCAAGGACACGGGUGACACCAGGCACCACGACUGAGGCCAGCACCAGCCAGAGCACAACCCUUUGUCAACCCAAGUGCAAGUGGACUGAAUGGUUUGAUGUGGACCUUCCGACCUCGGGGGUGGCAGACGGUGACAUGGAGACUUACGAAAACAUCAGGGCUGCAGGGGGCAAGCUGUGCCAGGCACCAGAGAAGAUAGAGUGCCGGGCAGAGAACUACCCGGAGGUUAGUAUCGACCAGAUCGGGCAGGUUGUCACCUGUAGCCUGGAGACGGGGCUGGUGUGCAGGAACGAGGACCAGAUAGAUGACUUCAGCAUGUGUUUCAAUUACAACGUGCGUGUGCUCUGCUGUGACUACAGUCACUGCCCCAGCACCACGGUGCCUGCAUUGUCCAGCACCACCUCCAACACGUCCCCCACCACAAGCUUGUGGUCGUCGAUGGUGUCAAGGUCCACAUCUCCAGGCCUGUCCCAGACCAGCACCUCCUCCACAGGGACCAGCAGGGGGAUCGUGUCCAUCUCUACCACCCAGACACCCCUCACUUCCCACAGGAUCACUGAGUGGUCGUCUGUCCCUAGCCCCUCUGCCCUCCCAGCCUCCACCUCCAGCCUUCUCUACACCACAGGGCAGACGAUCACUGAGACCCCAAACUUAACCUCCAGGACAACCUUGCAAAGCCCUCCUCCCACUGCUCAUGUGAGGACUGUCAGUACCACCCCUGGGUCUUCUAGCACCAGGGCCUCCUUUCAGACCAGCCUCUCCUCUGGCACCUUGCCUAUGACCACGGGCUCCAACAUACCCUCUUCCUCUGCCCACAGCACCCUAGUGCUGACCACUAGGGCUACCUCGCCUGUGACCACUGGCUCCGCUAUACCCCCUUCCACCAACCCUGAGACAUCCCUCACCCCACCCGUGCUGACCACAAGAGUCACCUCCCAAGGGCCCUUUCGGUCCCCCAGCAGUCCCCACACAGGACCCUCCCACUCUGGGUCCACCACAGAGUCCCCCAUGUCCACGCUCACCACCAGGAAGACCACCCUGCAGACGAGACCUAGUACCACAGCAUCUACCAGCAUCUCGGAAAGACCAACAUCCGCCAGACUCACAGAGACUCCCAUUACAUCCACCACAAGAAGCCCUAAGACCCCUCUGGGCCCCACGGGAACCACCCAACCAGGAGAGACCACGUCCAUCCUUUCAACGUUCAAGACCACAGGGAGCUCCUUGCAACCAUCCACUCCAGCCUCAACAACAGCACGGACGUCCAUGACUGGCUCUAAACCAGGAGCGUGGACCAGCACGGCUGGCACCGUCCCCACAGAGACUCUGACCACAAGCCCGGCACUGACAACACGCAUAAGCCAGCAGCCCACCUUACAGACCGAGAUCAGCACACCAAGGACACGGGUGACACCAGGCACCACGACUGAGGCCAGCACCAGCCAGAGCACAACCCUUUGUCAACCCAAGUGCAAGUGGACUGAAUGGUUUGAUGUGGACUUCCCAACCACAGAUGUGGCAGAUGGUGACAUGGAGACUUACGAAAACAUCAGGGCUGCAGGGGGCAAGCUGUGCCAGGCACCAGAGAAGAUAGAGUGCCGGGCAGAGAACUACCCGGAGGUUAGUAUCGACCAGAUCGGGCAGGUUGUCACCUGUAGCCUGGAGACGGGGCUGGUGUGCAGGAACGAGGACCAGAUAGAUGACUUCAGCAUGUGUUUCAAUUACAACGUGCGUGUGCUCUGCUGUGACUACAGUCACUGCCCCAGCACCACGGUGCCUGCAUUGUCCAGCACCACCUCCAACACGUCCCCACCACAAGCUUGUGGUCGUCGAUGGACGACACCCCCUACAUCCCUGACCAGCCACACCCAGAUCACAACAACCAAAGAGACCACCCUGCAGACGAGACCUAGUACCACAGCAUCUACCAGCAUCUCGGAAGGACCAACAUCCGCCAGACUCACAGAGACUCCCAUUACAUCCACCACAAGAAGCCCUAAGACCCCUCUGGGCCCCACGGGAACCACCCAACCAGGAGAGACCACGUCCAUCCUUUCAACGUUCAAGACCACAGGGAGCUCCUUGCAACCAUCCACUCCAGCCUCAACAACAGCACGGACGUCCAUGACUGGCUCUAAACCAGGAGCGUGGACCAGCACGGCUGGCACCGUCCCCACAGAGACUCUGACCACAAGCCCGGCACUGACAACACGCAUAAGCCAGCAGCCCACCUUACAGACCGAGAUCAGCACACCAAGGACACGGGUGACACCAGGCACCACGACUGAGGCCAGCACCAGCCAGAGCACAACCCUUUGUCAACCCAAGUGCAAGUGGACUGAAUGGUUUGAUGUGGACUUUCCGACCUCGGGGGUGGCAGACGGUGACAUGGAGACUUACGAAAACAUCAGGGCUGCAGGGGGCAAGCUGUGCCAGGCACCAGAGAAGAUAGAGUGCCGGGCAGAGAACUACCCGGAGGUUAGUAUCGACCAGAUCGGGCAGGUUGUCACCUGUAGCCUGGAGACGGGGCUGGUGUGCAGGAACGAGGACCAGAUAGAUGACUUCAGCAUGUGUUUCAAUUACAACGUGCGUGUGCUCUGCUGUGACUACAGUCACUGCCCCAGCACCACGGUGCCUGCAUUGUCCAGCACCACCUCCAACACGUCUCCCACCACAAGCUUGUGGUCGUCGAUGGUGUCAAGCACCCUAGUGCUGACCACUAGGGCUACCUCGCCUGUGACCACUGGCUCCGCUAUACCCCCUUCCACCAACCCUGAGACAUCCCUCACCCCACCCGUGCUGACCACAAGAGUCACCUCCCAAGGGCCCUUUCGGUCCCCCAGCAGUCCCCACACAGGACCCUCCCACUCUGGGUCCACCACAGAGUCCCCCAUGUCCACGCUCACCACCAGGACGACACCCCCUGCAUCCCUGACCAGCCACACCCACACCACAUCAACCAAAGAGACCACCCUGCAGACGAGACCUAGUACCACAGCAUCUACCAGCAUCUCGGAAGGACCAACAUCCGCCAGACUCACAGAGACUCCCAUUACAUCCACCACAAGUAGCCCUAAGACCUCUUUGGGCCCCACGGGAACCACCCAACCAGGAGAGACCACGUCCAUCCUUUCAACAUUCAAGACCACAGGGAGCUCCUUGCAACCAUCCACUCCAGCCUCAACAACAGCACGGACGUCCAUGACUGGCUCUAAACCAGGAGCGUGGACCAGCACGGCUGGCACUGUCCCCACAGAGACUCUGACCACAAGCCCGGCACUGACAACACGCAUAAGCCAGCAGCCCACCUUACAGACCGAGAUCAGCACACCAAGGACACGGGUGACACCAGGCACCACGACUGAGGCCAGCACCAGCCAGAGCACAACCCUUUGUCAACCCAAGUGCAAGUGGACUGAAUGGUUUGAUGUGGACUUCCCAACCACAGAUGUGGCAGAUGGUGACAUGGAGACUUACGAAAACAUCAGGGCUGCAGGGGGCAAGCUGUGCCAGGCACCAGAGAAGAUAGAGUGCCGGGCAGAGAACUACCCGGAGGUUAGUAUCGACCAGAUCGGGCAGGUUGUCACCUGUAGCCUGGAGACGGGGCUGGUGUGCAGGAACGAGGACCAGAUAGAUGACUUCAGCAUGUGUUUCAAUUACAACGUGCGUGUGCUCUGCUGUGACUACAGUCACUGCCCCAGCACCACGGUGCCUGCAUUGUCCAGCACCACCUCCAACACGUCCCCCACCACAAGCUUGUGGUCGUCGAUGGUGUCAAGGUCCACAUCUCCAGGCCUGCCCCAGACCAGCACCGCCUCCACAGGGACCAGCAGGGGGAUCGUGUCCAUCUCCACCACCCAGACACCCACGGGCUCCACUAUGGCUUCCUCCUCUACUCUGGGAUCCACUCACACACCUCCAGGACUGACCAGCAGGACCAUCUCAACCAUGGCCACCAGCUCCAUCACAACACCCUCUUCGAUCCCAGUGACUACACAUGCUCCCAAAACACUGAUCACCUUGACCAAGGCUACUGGCUCUACCACGCUUCCCUUCUCUGUCCACACCACAUCAGUGCUGAGCACCAGGGCCACCUCACCUGUGAUCACUGGAUCCACUAUACGCUCUUCCUCCAAGCCUGAGAGUUCCUACACCACUCCAGUGCUGACCACCAGAGCCACCUCCCAAGUACAGUCUCUGUCUCCCAGGAGUCCCCACACAGGACCCUCCCACUCUGGGUCCACCACAGAGCCAACCCUGUCCACCCUCACCACCAGGACGACACCCCCUACAUCCCUGACCAGCCACACCCAGAUCACAACAACCAAAGAGACCACCCUGCAGACGAGACCUAGUACCACAGCAUCUACCAGCAUCUCGGAAGGACCAACAUCCGCCAGACUCACAGAGACUCCCAUUACAUCCACCACAAGAAGCCCUAAGACCCCUCUGGGCCCCACGGGAACCACCCAACCAGGAGAGACCACGUCCAUCCUUUCAACGUUCAAGACCACAGGGAGCUCCUUGCAACCAUCCACUCCAGCCUCAACAACAGCACGGACGUCCAUGACUGGCUCUAAACCAGGAGCGUGGACCAGCACGGCUGGCACCGUCCCCACAGAGACUCUGACCACAAGCCCGGCACUGACAACACGCAUAAGCCAGCAGCCCACCUUACAGACCGAGAUCAGCACACCAAGGACACGGGUGACACCAGGCACCACGACUGAGGCCAGCACCAGCCAGAGCACAACCCUUUGUCAACCCAAGUGCAAGUGGACUGAAUGGUUUGAUGUGGACUUUCCGACCUCGGGGGUGGCAGACGGUGACAUGGAGACUUACGAAAACAUCAGGGCUGCAGGGGGCAAGCUGUGCCAGGCACCAGAGAAGAUAGAGUGCCGGGCAGAGAACUACCCGGAGGUUAGUAUCGACCAGAUCGGGCAGGUUGUCACCUGUAGCCUGGAGACGGGGCUGGUGUGCAGGAACGAGGACCAGAUAGAUGACUUCAGCAUGUGUUUCAAUUACAACGUGCGUGUGCUCUGCUGUGACUACAGUCACUGCCCCAGCACCACGGUGCCUGCAUUGUCCAGCACCACCUCCAACACGUCUCCCACCACAAGCUUGUGGUCGUCGAUGGUGUCAAGGUCCACAUCUCCAGGCCUGUCCCAGACCAGCACCUCCUCCACAGGGACCAGCAGGGGGAUCGUGUCCAUCUCCACCACCCAGACACCCUUCACUUCCCACGGGAUCACUGAGUGGUCGUCUGUCCCUAGCCCCUCUGCCCUCCCAGCCUCCACCUCCAGCCUUCUCUACACCACAGGGCAGACGACCACGGAGACCCCAAACUUAACCUCCAGGACAACCUUGCAAAGCCCUCCUCCCACUGCUCAUGUGAGGACUGUCAGUACCACCCCUGGUACUUCUAGCACCAGGGCCUCCUUUCAGACCAGCCUCUCCUCUGGCACCUUGCCCAUGACCACGGGCUCCAACAUACCCUCUUCCUCUGCCCACAGCACCCUAGUGCUGACCACUAGGGCUACCUCGCCUGUGACCACUGGCUCUGCUAUACCCCCUUCCACCAACCCUGAGACAUCCCUCACUCCACCCGUGCUGACCACAAGAGUCACCUCCCAAGGGCCCUUUCGGUCCCCCAGCAGUCCCCACACAGGACCCUCCCACUCUGGGUCCACCACAGAGUCCCCCAUGUCCACGCUCACCACCAGGACGACACCCCCUGCAUCCCUGACCAGCCACACCCACACCACAUCAACCAAAGAGACCACCCUGCAGACGAGACCUAGUACCACAGCAUCUACCAGCAUCUCGGAAGGACCAACAUCCGCCAGACUCACAGAGACUCCCAUUACAUCCACCACAAGAAGCCCUAAGACCCCUCUGGGCCCCACGGGAACCACCCAACCAGGAGAGACCACGUCCAUCCUUUCAACGUUCAAGACCACAGGGAGCUCCUUGCAACCAUCCACUCCAGCCUCAACAACAGCACGAACGUCCAUGACUGGCUCUAAACCAGGAGCGUGGACCAGCACGGCUGGCACCGUCCCCACAGAGACUCUGACCACAAGCCCGGCACUGACAACACGCAUAAGCCAGCAGCCCACCUUACAGACCGAGAUCAGCACACCAAGGACACGGGUGACACCAGGCACCACGACUGAGGCCAGCACCAGCCAGAGCACAACCCUUUGUCAACCCAAGUGCAAGUGGACUGAAUGGUUUGAUGUGGUUCCGACCUCGGUGGCAGACGGUGACAUGGAGACUUACGAAAACAUCAGGGCUGCAGGGGGCAAGCUGUGCCAGGCACCAGAGAAGAUAGAGUGCCGGGCAGAGAACUACCCGGAGGUUAGUAUCGACCAGAUCGGGCAGGUUGUCACCUGUAGCCUGGAGACGGGGCUGGUGUGCAGGAACGAGGACCAGAUAGAUGACUUCAGCAUGUGUUUCAAUUACAACGUGCGUGUGCUCUGCUGUGACUACAGUCACUGCCCCAGCACCACGGUGCCUGCAUUGUCCAGCACCACCUCCAACACGUCUCCCACCACAAGCUUUACCACCCCUGGGUCUUCUAGCACCAGGGCCUCCUUUCAGACCAGCCUCUCCUCUGGCACCUUGCCUAUGACCACGGGCUCCACUACGUCCACGGCCUGCAGGCCUCAAUGCAUUUGGACAGACUGGAUGGAUGAGGACUACCCCACUCCUGGAGCCAAUGGUGGUGACUUUGAGACAUAUGCUGUACUCCGUGAAGCUGGCAACCUCUUCUGCGAGCACCCACAGGAUAUCCAGUGCCGCUCAGAGAACUAUCCAGACCAACCACUGGCGGCCCUGGAGCAGGUGGUUCAGUGCGAUGUGCAUGUUGGACUGGUGUGCAGAAACCUCGACCAGCCUGGGCCCCUGCAGUACUGCAACAACUUCCAAGUGCGUGUGCUAUGCUGUGAAGACUACAGCCACUGCACCACCACAUCUGCUGCCAGCAGCUCCACCAUGGCUCCCACCUCCGCAACAGGAUCCACUAAUAUGUCAACUGAGCUGACCACCAGGUCCACCUCACCCAUGGCCACUGGCUCCACCAUAGUCCCUACUUCCACACCAGGGUUGACUCAUCUAUCACCCAAGCUCACCACCAAAACCACCUUACCCAAGGCUACUGGCUCUACUGCAGCCCCAACUGCCAUGCCAAGAUCCACUCACACACCACCUGAGCUGACCACCAGGGCCACCUCACCCACGCCCACUGGCUCCACAGCUACUCCUUCCUCCAUGCCAGGGUCCACUCAGAUACCACCAGAGCUGACCACCAGGGCCACCUCACCCAUGGCCACCAGCUCUACCAUGCCCCUCUCUUUCUCCCCGAGGACUUCACGCACACCUGCAGUUCCCCCGAGCAGCCUGCUGACCUUCAGUGUAUCCACUGCAUCUCCCAUGGGCCUCAGUACCCUCGGGCCCACCACCUUUUCCAGCCCGCCCUUUUCCCCAUCACCCUGCUUCUGCCGGGCAUUUGGACACCUGUUCUCACCUGGGGACAUCAUCUACAAUAGGACUGACAGAGCUGGCUGCCACUUCUAUGCUGUCUGCAACCAACACUGUGACAUUGACCGCUUUCAGGAUGCCUGCCCCUCCUCCUCACCUCCAGUGUCCUCCACCCCUGUUCUCACACCCUCCCUUCCCCCUGGCUGUGAUAAUGCAGUCCCCCCUCGACAGGUGAAUGAGACCUGGAUCCUGGAGAACUGCACAGUGGCUAGAUGUGAAGGAAACAACCAUGUCAUCCUCUUGGAGCCAGAGCCCGUGGCCAAUGUCACCUGUGUGAACGAGCACCUGCCCGUCAAAGUGUGGGACCAGGGCCAACCCUGUCGCUUCCACUACGAGUGCGAGUGCCUCUGCACUGGAUGGGGGCAGUCACACUACUCCACAUUUGACGGCACCUCUUACACCUUCUCCGACAACUGCACCUACGUUCUCAUGAGAGAGAUCAACCCUACACACGGGAACUUGACCAUCCUCAUUCACAACCGCUAUUGCAGCAUUGCCGCUGAAGCUGCCAGCUGCCCCCGUGCCCUCCAAGUGCACUACGAAUCCAUGGAGAUCAUACUCACCACUUCCACCACCAGCGGGAAGAGGGAGAGUGUGAUCCUAUUUGACCAAGUGCGGUUGAGCCGUGGCAUCAGCAAAAACGGUGUGAGCGUAUCUGUGACUGGGGCCACCAUGAGCGUCAACAUUCCCGCCAUUGGUGUGAGCGUCACCUUCGAUGGGCGCAUCUUCCAGGUCCGGCUGUCUUAUAGCCAAUUUAACCACAACACAGAGGGCCAGUGUGGUACCUGCACCAACAGCAAGCAGGACGACUGCCGCAGGCCAGAUGGCACCAUGGCCCCCACCUGCAGGCACAUGGCCAAACACUGGAAGGUUUCUGGGGAGGGCUGCCCAGUACUGCCCAGCCCAGCCCCGAGCACCAGCCCCCAGCCCUCCGUGUCCACCACAGUCACUUUCACUACCCCAUGCUCCUCCAAGCCUCUUUGUGAGCUACUGCUAAACCAGGUCUUCGCUAAGUGCCACAGCCUCGUCCCACCUGGCUCCUUCUUCAACGCCUGCGUCAGCGAUAGCUGCCAGGACAAAAGCACCAAGGACCUCUGCCAGAGCCUGGAGGCUUAUGCAGCACUCUGCCGUGCCAGGGGCGUGUGCACAGACUGGCGCAACGCCACCAGUGGGCUGUGCGACCUCCCCUGCCCUUCCACCAAGGUGUACAAGCCAUGCAGCUCUGUGCAGCCGGAGUCCUGUGACUCCAGGACCCAGGCCUCCCUGAAUACCUCGGGGCUGGCCGAGGGCUGCUUCUGUCCUGAUGGUCAGCUCCUCUUCAGCUCAAGUAGGGACAUCUGUGUGUCUGAGUGUCCCUGCAUGGGACCUGAUGGGCUUCCCAAAUUUCCGGGAGAGCAGUGGGUCAGCAACUGCCAGACCUGCGAGUGUGAGGUGAGCUCAGUGUCAGUGCAGUGCAAGCCAGUGCAGUGCGAGACCCAGGACCAACCCCUGCAAUGUGGACAGCCCGGCUUUGUAAACUUGACCAGGCCCCAGGCUGACAACCCAUGCUGCCCUGAGACACUGUGUGUGUGCAACACGACCACUUGCCCCCAGAGCCCGCCUGAGUGUGGCCCAGGGCAGGACCUGAUAAGAACCCAGGAGGAGGGUGCCUGCUGCCCCAGUUUCAGCUGCCAUCCUAAGUUGUGUGCAUACAAUGGUACCGUCUAUGGGGUUGGUGCAAACUUCCCAGGAAUCACUCCCUGCCACUUGUGCACCUGCCUCUCUGUGGACAACCAGGACCCGACAGUCCAUUGUGAGAAGGAGGUCUGCACCACCACCUGCUCCCAGGGCUUUGAGUACUCAAGGGUGGCCGGGCAGUGCUGUGGGGAGUGUGUGCCAAAUGCCUGCCUCACACCGGAUGGCUUGCCAGUGCAGCUCAACAAAACCUGGGUCAACAGCCAUGUGGGCAACUGCACUGAGUACCGCUGUGAGGCCGUGAGUGGGGUCUAUUUGCUGAUCCCACAACCCACGGUUUGCAAGGAUGUCUCAGAAUGCAGGGGGAUCCUCAGGAAAACUGGCUGCUGCUACUCCUGUGAUAAAGUAGACUCUUCCCAGUGCCAAGUACACUCCAACAUGACCACUCUGCGAAAGCAGGACUGUGCAACAGAGGCCUUGGUCAAUGUCACCUUCUGCAAGGGCUCCUGCCCUGGACUGUCCAAGUACUCCAUGGAGGCCCAGGCCAUGGAACACCAAUGCACCUGCUGCCAGGAAAGCAGGGUCCAUCAGGAGACUGUGACCAUGCGCUGUUCCAACAGCACGACCAUCCAGUACACAUACAACCAAGUGGACGAGUGCAGCUGCACUCUGUCCUGCAAUCCCCCGCCCAUGGCACCCAUGUAUACCUAUGUCUAGGGGCCGUUGCUGAAAAACACUCUUCCCCCCAUCCCCCAUGCCCCUCCACUUGGAGCCAGAAUGUGCAUCACUGACCACAGAAAUAGGUGGGCCAGCCUCAUAGAGCCCAGGUGAACCCUCUGUGACUCCCACCUUUCACCUGCCUUGCAGUGAGACUAGCAAUCCAGGGGGGUGAUGGACCCGUAAGAAUUCAUUGAGGAGGGUGCCAAGUGGGGAUCCUGACUUGGAGACCCUCUGACCUGUCUCGGCCACCUGCCAUCAGGCCCCAUUCUACCUGAAGCACAGCGCGCACCCAGACCAGCCUCACUACUCCGUGAUGGCAAUGAGAUGCCCUGCAGCAAAGCUAAGAAGCUGC